AUGUCAGCCCCGAUUAAAACCGUUGCACUUGCGGGCGCAAACGGCUUCUUGGGCAAGGUGUUGCUCCAGGUCCUGCUGCAGUCGGGUCGCUUCCAGCUUACCGUCCUCACCCGCAAAGGGUCUCGCCACGAGUUCCCCGCCGGCGUCGCAGUGAAGAAGGUCGACUACGAGUCAGUCCCCAGCCUGGAAGACGCUCUUCGGGGGCAAGACGCCCUCGUGUCCGCCUUGGCGUUCGACGCGAUUCAUAUCCAGAAGAACGUGGUCGACGCCGCCUUCAACGCCGGCGUGCGGCGGAUGAUCCCUUCCGAGUACGGGAACGACACCAAGAACCCCAAGCUCGCCAGCAUCCCCAUCUACCAGCCCAAGAUCGCCAUUCGGAAGUACCUCGACGAGAAGGUGGCCGAGAGGCCUUCCUUUUCGUACACCAUUAUCAUGAACGUCUCCUUCCUGGCGCCUGGGUACGCGCUGGACUUCCUGGUCGACGUCAGGGGCAAGAAGGCGCACAUCAAGGACGGCGGGGACGUCAAGUUCAACGCCACCACGAUGCCUCACAUCGGGCAGGCCGUCAUCGGCAUCCUCACGCACCUCGACGAGACGGCGAACCGCCCCGUGAAGAUCAGCAGCGUGGAGACGACGCAGAACGAGAUUGUCGAGAUCGCCAAGGCCGUCGACCCGAGCGGUGAGUGGGAGAUGACGCACUCCAGGACGGAGGACCUCGAGAGGAUCGCGCACGAGAGGUGGAACGCGGGCGACCACAGCGAGGAGGUGGUCGAGAUGUUCAUCAACCGCGCCUUCAUAGGCACCGAGGCCGGGUACUUCCCCGAGACCGACAACAAGCUGCUUGGCAUCGAGUCCAUAGGUAGGGAGGGGCUGGAGAAGAUAAUCCGCACCGCCAUCAAAGGAUGA